UACUAGUUUGACAUGAAUUGUUGGGGAAUGUAAUUUAUUAUAUUAUUAACUUGGAAAUGGCAGAUAAAAUCGAUACGUACGGGGCACCUUAUGCUCUCCAAUACCGAAAAGAAAACGCUCACGACGAUAAUGUUUGGUGUGUAGCUUGGGGCCGUGGAAAGUACGGUAAUGAAACUGAAGAAACAUCGACAGAUUACAUUGUAACUGGAGGCCUGGAUGAUCUAGUAAAAGUAUGGGAAAUCUCCAAUGGUAGAAUAGAACUGAGGCAUAAGUUUGAAGGGCAUUCGUUAGGUGUUGUAUCAGUAGCAAUAAGUUCUGAUGGUAAAAUUUGUGCCAGUUCUAGUCUUGAUUCUAGUUUGAAACUUUGGUCUCUUGAAAGUGGUGAAUUAUUGAGAACUUUAGAAGUAGGUCCAGUAGAAGUUUGGACCUUAUCUUUUAGCCCUGAUGAUAAAUAUGUAAUAUCGGGUUCAAGUUCUGGUAUAAUUUCUUUUUAUGAUGUGGAGACUGGUAAAGCUGAAAGAACCUUAGAUAGUAAGGGUAAAUUUACUCUUAGUAUAGCAUAUAGCCCAGAUGGAAAAUAUGUGGCCAGUGGGAGCGUGGAAGGAAUAAUAAGUAUAUUUGAUGUUGCUACAGGGAAACAUAUGCAUAUGCUUGGUGAUCAUGCAUUGCCUGUAAGAGGUUUAGCAUUUUCUCCAGAUUCACAAAUAUUACUAACUGCUUCUGAUGAUGGGCACAUGAAACUCUAUGAUAUCAACAGUUUGCGGACCAGUGUUGCAGGCACAUUAUCUGGACAUUCUUCUUGGGUGGUUAAUGUGGCUUUUUCAAAAUCAGGAAAUAAUUUUACUUCUUCUUCAAGUGAUAAAACAGUGAAGGUAUGGUCAUUGGCAGAAAAGCAGUGCAUUCAUACAUUUCGUGAACAUAAGGAGGGAGUGUGGGGUGUUGCUUAUAGUCCAGAUGGUGAUAAAAUAGUUUCGGUUUCAGAUGAUAAAUGUCUGAACGUAUAUAAGUGCCCUGUUUAA